CUCGUAGAGUGGAGGAGAAGGCAAACGCAUACGUAACAUCAGACCUUCCUCCAUACAUUGUUCAUGUUCACUCUUUAUGCAAUAAUAGAAACAACAUGCCCCACCCGAUUAAAAUAUCUUCGAACGUGGGUAAGGUUAUGAACUCUUCGGAUAUAAUAGAGAUGAAACGCCUUGGCACAGGCAAAAUUCUAGUAGAGUGUAAAACGGCUGCGGCUGCAAAUAAGCUAGCUUCGAAUCCGGACUUGGCAAACUUUAACCUCAAAGCUGUCAUCCCUAAUUACAGGGUUUUAAGAACAGGCAUUAUCAGAGACAUCCCUCAAGAGUUUGAUGUAGCGGAAAUUAAAGCUUCUUUAACUACAAAUCAGAACCACAAGAUCAUCAGUGUGCAUCGCUUGAAUAGAAAAUCCACUGUUAAUGACAUGUGGUAUAUCCGUAUAUACCAAAAGCCAGAGUUUGCUACUCGUGCUAUAGAAACGGCCAUGUCAGUGCGGCAUGCCGCAGCCAGCCUCGGUGUAUCUUCUGUGGCAAUGCUCCUCACGACAAUGAGGGCACAUGCCCGCUCAAGGAAAACACCCCGUGUUGUAUUAACUGCUCUGGUGAGCACCUUCCAGUGGACCCCAGAUGCCCGCUCUUAGAAAAGCAGAAGAAAAUUCUCACCCUUUCUGCGGCUCAAAAUAUCCCGCUCAUAGAGGCCAAAAAGAGGCUUAACUCUCCCUCCUCCCCCGCUAUUAGUACAGACUCCUCUUCCAUACCGGUCGGUUCAAGCUCUGAUAACCUCUUUAUGUUUCCCACUUCUAAUAGAUU